AAGCUGUUUACACUUCAGUUUGAUGCUUUCCUUUCCAGGGGGUCACACACAACACCUAACUGUUUCAGACAAGCAUUCAAAGCACCAUGUCCUCUCGACCUAUUACUAUAGUGUCUUCUGGACGGAGCACUGGGAUCCACUACAAUGGUGGGCUGAGGAUGCACGGCACUCAGCUCUCCUCACAGCCCAAACUCCCGCAGGAGGAGGACAGAGAGUCUGGCAUCGGCUCCACUCUUGACCUCUCCAGCAGCUUUGAGGGCCACAACCAAAACACCAAUCAACCACCCAGCAAAACAGCAAUCAGGGAGACAGACAAACUCCCCAAACAGAAAGAUAGCUCUCCGCAGACCACAGGAGUGAGUUGGAACAAGACAGGGCAGCUCCUUAUCAGUCUAUCCAAGAUCCCUCUCCUCCUCAUCCUCUUGUUCCUCUUUGUUUGCUCCUUGGACACGCUGAGCUCUGCCUUCCAGUUAGCUGGGGGUAAAGUGGCAGGGGACAUUUUCCAGGACAAUGCAGUGCUGUCUAACCCUGUGGCAGGGCUGGUGGUGGGGAUCUUGGUUACGGUGCUGGUCCAGAGCUCAUCCACCUCCACCUCCAUUAUCGUCAGUCUGGUGGCCUCUGGAUUGCUUGAGGUGAGGUCGGCUAUUCCAAUCAUCAUGGGGUCCAAUAUUGGGACUUCAGUCACGAACACCAUAGUGGCCAUGAUGCAAGCAGCAGAGAGGACCGAGUUUCAACGUGCCUUUGCUGGGGCAACAAUCCACGACUGCUACAACUGGCUGUCGGUGUUGGUUCUGCUGCCGCUGGAGGUGGCGAGUGGCCUAAUGGCCCGGCUGUCGCACCUGUUGGUCACCAGCUUCAAGCUUCAACCAGGAGAGGAAGCGCCUGAGAUGCUCAAGGCCAUCACUGAACCAGUCACCAAGCUCAUCAUACAGCUAGAGAAGUGUGUGAUCACAGGGAUCGCCAUGGGAAAUGAGGACAUGAGGAACAGGAGCCUGGUGAAAGAAUGGUGCCAGACUGACCUUGUCAUGUCCACUGGCAAUGUGAGCAGGGAAAACUGUGGAUUCAGUCAUGGCAUGUCCCAGUCUUCAGUGAAGUGUAGACAUUUAUUUGUGUCCAGCGGACUGUCGGACCUCACAGUGGGCCUGAUUCUCCUGGCUGGCUCUCUGGCUCUUCUCUGUACCUGUCUGCUGCUUCUGGUAAAACUGCUCAACUCUCUUCUUAAAGGCCAAGUCGCAAAGGUCAUCCAUAAAGUCGUCAACACAGACCUGCCAUAUCCGUGUGGGUGGCUGUCAGGAUACAUGGCCAUGCUUGUGGGUGCAGGGGUUACGUUUGUGGUCCAGAGUAGCUCUGUCUUCACCUCAGCCCUGACUCCCCUAGUAGGUAUUGGUGUGAUCAGCCUGGAGCGAGCCUAUCCCCUCACCCUCGGGUCCAACAUCGGCACCACUGCCACAGCCCUGCUGGCAGCUCUGGCGAGUCCGGGGAACAAGCUAGCAGUUGCCAUACAAAUUGCUCUGUGUCACCUCUUCUUCAAUGUCUUUGGUAUUCUGCUGUGGUAUCCUCUUCCCGUCAUGCGCCUGCCGAUAACGAUGGCUCGUGUCCUGGGUGAGCGCACUGCCAAGUACCGCUGGUUUGCAGUCUUGUACCUUCUCCUUUGCUUCUUGCUGCUGCCGUCGCUGGUGCUGGGCCUCUCGCUGGCAGGCUGGCGAGUGAUGGCUGGCGUUGGGGCUCCUUUCUUUGGUGUGGCCUUCUUCAUCACCAUGGUAAAUGUGAUGCAGGCCCGUAGCCCUCGCCACCUGCCCACCAAGCUGCGGAGCUGGGACUUCUUGCCCAAGUGGAUGCACUCUCUUAAACCGCUCGACCGGCUCAUCACCAAGGCAACUGUCUGCUGCGGCUCUGCUGACCAAGAGGGCCAGGGAGAAGAAGAAGAAGAAGAAGAAGAUCAGCAUGUAUCAACACAGGCGACCUCUGUCAUCAUGCAGAAAGAGUCCACCCAGAGGAGGGCACAGCUGGCUUAUGACAACCCAGCCCUGGACUACCUGGAUGAGAACAGACCAGGUGUGAGGGUGCUGAGAUUGAAAGGGUUAGAGAGGUGCAACAGCACUCCACUGUAGUCAAAAUGACAUUCACACUGAAUUUUGUCAGUAUUGAGGAAACAGACGGAUUGGGAGAAUGACAUUUUAUAAUGAUUUGGAAAUAUAAAUAGAAUAUAAUAUAGCCUCCCAAAGCCAGGCUUAAUAUCAUGAGCUCAGUAUGACAUUUUCAUCCAACUGAGCAAGCUACUGAUGAAGAUUAGUUUUUUCUGUCUUUGAAACUUAAUUAAUGAUGAACUAAAACGGAGCAUAAAAUGAAGCAUGAUUCUAUAACUGUAUUAAAGGUUCACUGAGUAGUUUUUGCCCACUAGUGGUGCUAUGGAGCAAUGUUUUUGUGACUGUCUCCCCCAUUUUGUUUCAGCCAAAAAUGUAGCAAUGCGUCAACAAAGGCAGCAAAGAAGAGAAUGGCCAUCUAGUUAACAAUGAUGUAAACAACACAGGGUGGUGUAUAAAACAGAAAAAUAUUAAACUUCAUAGUUAAACGCAAUGCGUUCGGGCGAGGGACAUAAAGAAAGCUCCACCGAGCAGCUUUAACUAGCAAAUGUGCAGCAACAUGUACUCAGAAACGAGUUUCAGUGGAUCAUUUUGCACAUUUGAGAAACAUUUACAGAACACCCAUAUCCUUCAGUCUUUUGCAAUGACCAGUCAAUAAACACACUGAGUGCAUGUCUACAAAGGCUUUAUGUGAGAGUGAGUAUAAACCUAAGGAUUCAACUUGCCCAACCAAAGUUCAUCCAUUUCAUGAUUGUUUUUCAUGUUUUUGUGUCAAGAACAAGCAGACAGAAAAGGUUGUUAACCCAAAGCGUAAUGAGAAAGAAUCGUAUUACAUAGUGGAUACAUGUUUGAUCAUUAUGUUAAAAUGAAUGUACUCACUUGUUAUAUAAGUGGAUGUGGGCGCCUGAAUACACACAGACACUACAAAGGAUUCAAAUAAUCAUCACGUUAGCUUCUUGAUCAGAUCUACAAAGGAGUGUAUGAAUAUGUGUGUGUGAGCUGAAGUGUUUGAUGUGUAUGCUUGGUUAAGUGGGAGAGAAUGCACACGCAAGAGGUGUUGCUGAAUGUGUGAAUAUGUGCUGUUUUCUCUGCUGCGCUGUAACAAUUGAUCAUGCGUUAAAUAAAUGUUGAUUCUCUGCAUGAAGUCUCUUAAUUUGAUGAGAGAAUAAAGUCUGACUCUUUCACUUUUGAGGUGGCAGACUUUGUGCUUUGCAAACAGCAUGAAAGUACACAUUAAAUAAAUAACUACUCUC